UACAUCUGUCGCCGCAGGUCAUCUCUAGUUGUUGCCACAUUUCUAGGUGCCAAUUUUAACUUCCUGCUCGCAAUCCACAUCUUCAGAGCAUGGCGGUCACUGUCUUGGGAGCCAGCAAGUGAAUGGGAGGGUCCAGGAUUCUCCUUGGACCGAAAUGGAGCACGCCUUAUUUGCGGCCUUUUCUCUGCCUACUUCGCUGCGGCAUCAGCAAUUUGCGUGUUUGGCAUCGCAGGCAUCAUCAAAAACAUUCCUCGUUUUCUUCGCAUCUACCGCAAUUACAUGAUAGGCGACUUCGCGUUCUUCACGCUCUUUGCUUCCUUGGCAUCUUCGGCUGUCAUUGACCCCUCGUCUCGUUCAAAUGUGUGUGAUAAUAUAUCUCGGCAGCAAGACUUCCUCCGUGAUGCAGUAGACCUUGGCCUGAACGCCGAGAAUUGCGAACAGUGGUUCGAGCGUGGUGUGAUAGUUUUUAUGGCUGUUCUUUUGUUUGUGAUCGUAGUCAGGCUUCACUUCAUCUUCGCAAUAUCGCGGUACUACACUCAUCUUGUCCGAAGCCAGGGAUUCGGGUUGAUGUAUGAAGAUGCCGUAUCUACGGAUCCUGAGCGGCAUCACGACGACUUUGCUAUGCAUCGCGUCUAUCUCUUACCUACCCAAACCAGUGCAAGCAAGCAGCUGGACAUUAUGGAUGCACCGUUGUACGCGCCAGUCCCACUUUCUCAGUUGUCAUCACAGGUGGCACAGGAACUCCGCGCUAACGCCGAGGAAGUUUGGGUCAGUCGUGGGCGGUCAUCUUGGGAUGGUGUUCGUGCGGCACAUUUACUACAGGUUGGGCAACAGGAAGCCGCUUCUAGCGGGCCCAUCUACCUGACAGAAGAAAAGUGCUAG